GCCACCGCGAUUCAACAGAAGGGUUAUUUACAUUGAUGACUUGUUCUUUUUUUGUGUUUUUAAUGUAAUUUUCUUUAAUUUACAAACGUAGAAUUGUUUUAAAAGGAAAAUAUAUCAUCCUAAUCAAAUAAUUCAGCCAUUUUGGCUAUUUUUAUCUUAUCUUAUUUUAUCUAAAAUAUGAUUGUGAUCCUUGUCAGUUAUUAAUGUAUGUUAGCGUUAGCAUAAAUCACAGUAUAGUAGAAAGUAGGAGAUAAUUUAAAACAAAUAAGGUUUAUUAGCUAUAAACUCACAAUUGUUACUGUUAAACUAGUUAAUUAUCUUCCACUUGAUGAAGUAAAACUCAUGCUAGCUUUAAAUUAUAGCUAAUAAACCCCACGCAGGAGUAACGUUAGCUUACUUCUUAUGCUAUUCAGGGUAACAUGUAACGUUAGCUUAGCUAUAAUAGUAUCUAGUGAAGGUUGGGCUAAAUUUAGCAUAGACAAGGCUAAUUAGAUCCAUAACAAUACGUUAUAAUGUUUGUUUAUUAAAGGCUAUUGAUCAUCUGAACAUCCAGUCAGACAAGUGACUAUUAAAGUGUCACGAAUCGAUACGUAAUCAAUAAGCAAUGCCUCUAAUAUCGUCCACCUGAUCGGAAAAAUGAUCUCUGGGGGGAUUCAUAAGAAAUUAAUGCAGGUGUUUUGUGCGCGUUCACGUGGGCGACACGGUGUCGGUACUGAUGCAGGGCGCACGGGAACGCGCCGCGGCAUCGUCACCGGGAGCGCGCCUGUGUUUGCCAGCUGAGGACGAUGCGGUUGUUUCUGCGGCUCCUCUCCCGGCUCUCCCUCUGGUAGGACACGCCGACACCCGCACCAGCCCUCCUCCUCCUCCUCCUCCUCCUCCAGCCUCCCGCAGAGACGGUCGGUGUCACCGCCGCAGAUUGGAGGCCAGCACGCCGGCUCCGGGACGCAGCGCUGCGGGUUGAUCCGGUUUGGCCAUGGCGCAGCGGAGGAGGCGCGGAGACACUCGGCGUGGAUGAAGGACGCGUCGCGCUGCGGUUAAAACUUCUGGCGUUUUCUCCUCCAGGUCGCCGGGAAUGAUCUGACAGCGGCCCCGCAGACAUGAUGGAUGCGUCGGAGUGCGGGGUGAGGGUGAUGUGUCGCUUCAGGCCGCUGAACGAGGCCGAGAUCACCCGAGGAGACAAAUACAUCCCCAAAUUCAAGGAGGAGGACACGGUGGUCAUCGCGAGUAAACCCUACGUGUUCGACCGCGUGCUGCCUCCCAACACGUCGCAGGAACAAGUCUACGACCAGUGUGCCAAACAGAUCGUUAAAGAUGUGCUGGGCGGUUACAACGGGACCAUCUUCGCCUACGGACAGACGUCCUCCGGGAAGACACACACCAUGGAGGGCAAACUGCACGACCCCCAGCUGAUGGGGAUCAUCCCUCGCAUCGCCCACGAUAUCUUUGACCACAUCUACUCCAUGGACGAGAACCUCGAGUUUCACAUCAAGGUUUCCUAUUUUGAAAUCUACCUGGACAAGAUCAGAGACCUGCUGGACGUAUCGAAGACAAACCUGGCCGUGCAUGAAGACAAAAACAGAGUGCCAUACGUCAAGGGCUGCACUGAGCGUUUUGUCUCCAGUCCAGAGGAGGUGAUGGACGUCAUCGAUGAGGGCAAAUCCAAUCGGCACGUAGCAGUGACAAACAUGAAUGAGCACAGCUCUCGCAGCCACAGCAUCUUCCUCAUCAACAUCAAGCAAGAAAACAUUGAGACAGAGAAGAAACUGUCAGGGAAACUCUACCUGGUCGACUUGGCGGGCAGCGAGAAGGUCAGUAAGACGGGAGCGGAGGGCGCCGUGCUGGACGAGGCGAAGAACAUCAACAAAUCUCUGUCAGCGCUGGGAAACGUCAUCUCGGCUCUGGCUGAGGGAACAAAAAGCCACGUGCCGUACAGAGACAGUAAGAUGACUCGGAUCCUGCAGGACUCUCUGGGGGGAAACUGUCGCACCACCAUCAUCAUCUGCUGCUCGCCGUCCGUCUACAACGAGGCCGAGACCAAGUCCACGCUCAUGUUCGGACAGAGAGCCAAGACCAUCAAGAACACGGUGUCGGUGAACCUGGAGCUGACGGCCGAGGAGUGGAAGAAGAAGUAUGAGAAGGAGAAGGACAAGAACAAGAGUCUGAAGACCAUCAUCCAGAGGCUGGAGGCCGAACUCAACCGCUGGAGGAACGGUGAAGACGUUCCUGAGGAGGAGCAGCUGAGCGCCAAAGAUCAGAAGAGCAUCGAGCCGUGCGACAACACUCCCGUCAUCGACAAUCUGCUGCCGGCCGGAGGAGGCGUCACCGUCACCAGCGACGAGCGGAGCAGAUACGAGGAGGACAUCACCAACCUGUACAAACAGCUGGACGACAAGGAUGAUGAUAUCAACCUGUACAGCCAGCUGUCUGAGAAGCUCAAGGAGCAGAUGAUGGACCAGGAUGAGCUGCUGGCGUCGACGCGGCGCGAUUACGAGAAGAUCCAGGAGGAGCUGUGCCGGCUGCAGACGGAGAACGAGCUGGCCAAGGAGGAGGUGAAGGAGGUGCUGCAGGCGCUGGAGGAGCUGGCCGUCAACUACGACCAGAAGAGCCAGGAGGUGGAGGAGAGGGACCAGGCCAACCUGCAGCUGACUGAGGAGCUGCAGCACAAGGCGGCGCUGCUGUCGGCGGUGCAGAGGGAGCUGGGUCAGCUGCAGGAGCUGAACGGUCUGCAGAGGAAGAGAGCCGCCGAGGUCCUCAACCUGCUGCUGCGUGACCUCAGCGACAUCGGCGCCAUCAUCGGCACGAGCGACGUCAAGAGCGCCGCGUCCUCAGAGACGAAGGGGAAUGGCUCGGCGGUGGAGGAGGAGUUCACCCUGGCUCGUCUCUACAUCAGCAAGAUGAAGUCAGAGGUGAAGUCUCUGGUGAACCGCAGCAAGCAGCUGGAGAGCGCUCAGGCCGACGCCCACCGCAAGAUCCAAGCCAACGAGAAGGAGCUGGCAUCCUGUCAGCUGCUCAUCUCACAGCACCAGGCCAAGAUCAAGUCUCUGACUGACUACAUGCAGAACAUGGAGCAGAAGAAGAGGCAGCUGGAGGAGAGUCAGGACGCUCUGACCGAGGAGCUCGCCAAACUGCAGGCUCAGGAGAAGAGACACGAGGUGUCUGGCGAGGAGAAGGAGAAGGAGGACAUCAGCAGACUGGAUGGCGAUGAUGACAUCAAGAAAACACUGGAGGAGCAGCUGGAGAACCACAGGGAGGCUCAUCAGAAGCAGCUCAGCCGCCUCCGAGACGAGAUCGAGGACAAACAGAGGAUGCUAGACGAGCUGACGGAUCUGAACCAGGGUCUCUUGCUGGAGCAGGAGAGACUGAUGUCAGACUACGACAAAGUGAAGGCUGAAGAGCAGGAGAAGGAUGCCAAGCUGCAGAAACUCAUAGAGCUGAAUGAACAGAGGGAGCAGGCCAGAGAGGACCUGAAGGGCCUGGAGGAGACUGUGGCCAAAGAGCUGCAGACGCUUCACAACCUGCGCAAACUCUUCGUUCAGGACCUCACCACGCGGGUCAAGAAGAGUGCUGAGCUGGACUGUGAGGAGGGACUCGGCAACGUGGCCCAGAAACAGAAGAUCUCCUUCCUGGAGAACAACUUGGAACAGCUCACCAAGGUCCACAAGCAGCUGGUUCGGGACAACGCAGAUCUUCGCUGCGAGCUGCCAAAGCUGGAGAAGCGUCUGCGUGCCACGGCCGAGAGAGUUAAAGCCCUUGAGAACGCCCUGAAGGAGGCGAAGGAGAACGCCAUGAGGGACCGCAAGCGCUACCAGCAGGAGGUGGACCGCAUCAAGGAGGCAGUCCGGGCCAAGAACAUGGCCAGGAGGGGGUUCUCCGCACAGAUCGCGAAGCCCAUCCGGCCAGGCCAUCAUCCACUGUCAUCCCCCAUCACCAGCUCCAUCCGGGCCGGAGGAGUCUACACCCACAACUGAAACCACAACUGCAAGUUAAAACCCUACAGACCAUCAACAACUCAACGCAUGCCCACCGCCUCACCUGGAAACCACAAGCCCCGCCCCUCCCGUUGGAGCACCAAUGGGAGGCCAUCACAACAGACUGUCACCGCUCAGAGAAGCAACAUCCAAACAUCCAUCGUGUAUAUAACUGAUAUGAGAUGUAAACAUAUUUAAUUUGCUGAAUGUCAGAGGCCUCACUUAGAAAAUGCUUUAUGACCUAAAUUAUUCUUUUAGGCGAAAACUGACCAAUCGAUUCUGAUUAUAAAUGUUCUUAUUUAUAUUCGUAAUUAUGCAACAGAGUAAAUGAAGCGUAACAUUUAUAAAUGAGGCCCUGAGUUUCUUUCUGGAGGAUGAUGACCAAAAAAAUUUGAGAAAUCGUCGUCACCUGAGCUGAAGUUCCGCAGGUGACUCGUUGCGUUAGUGUUUCUGAUUUAUGAUCGCGACUUUAAGAUUGUACAAAGCUUAACGAGCCAGAGAGAAAAGGCAGUUUUAUCGUUUAAUCUCAAACCAGCAUUCAUUUAUUUAAAAUAAAAAAAGAACCUUUAUUCACCUUCUUGCCAAGAGCUUAGCGAGAACACAGACACCACUCUCAGCAAGAUGCCAAUUAGCUUAGCUUAGCAUAAAGACUGAAAACAGAGGCAAAGUGCUAGCCUGACUCUCUGGAGGUAAUAAAAUCCGACUACCAGUCCCUUUACACUUAAUUUAUUUGUUACGUCUCUGGGUGUUGGCAGGAAACUAGUCAAGACUCCCAAGUCCCAGUUUCAAGCCCUAAUGCUAAGCUAAGCUAACUAGCACUUGCUGCAGCUUCAUAUUUAAUGCAAAGACGUGACAGUGAUGUCAAUCUGUUUAUCUAACUCUCGCCAAAAAAAGGAAAUAAGAGUAUUCCCAAAAUGUCAAAUGUUUCCUUUGAGAAUGUCAUGUUUUUUUGCAGGAUCUCUAGUCAGCACCAUCGCAGCUAAAGUUUUUUCUCGCCUCGAUGAAGUUCAGUUGCAGUUGAAGUUGAGCCACAGAAAUACACUUCACUGAACACCCCUGGUUGUAUUUACGUAUGUACUAAAACUUUGUAUUGUCUUUGAAGUUGUCGUCGCUUUUUUGACAUUUUCUCCCCAGUUAUUGUCGGCUCUGUCGUCCACCUAAAGGUGACAAUCAUCUGAAAACAAACACUACCGAGCUUCAAAAGGAGAUUUUUUUCAGCAGGAAGCAGAAUGUGAAUGUCAUUCAAAUGUAAUUGUUCUUCAUAAAUGUUAUCGCGUUUAAAGAAAAUUACACUUUUCCUGGAUCAGUUAGAUAUUCUCUCAGUUUUAGGACGCUGCUGUAAAGUCUAAAGGAUUUGUGUCGGAUUACUGUCGUCCUGCAGGGACACUGACCAGACAAUCAGGCGUUCAAGGACUCAGAAAACAGUAACACAGUCUGGUUUGAAGACUUCAGCAGGAAAAGGAAGAGAGACGUAUUUCUUAAAUAUCUGUAAAAGCUCCUGAUCAACCAGUCAGAGAUCUUAUGACAGACUUGAGAAUUCCCCUCAAAAAACACAAAAAUAAGAAACGUUUGAAAUCUAUUCAAGCCAGAACAAUCCUGGAAAAGUCAGUUUUUUCACUCUUGUGCCUUGAGAAUCAACAGAAUAAGACUGAAUUUAGUUCAGUGUCCCAAGUUCAUCGACUGGUAAUGACAUUUAAGACAUCAAAACACCUCACAGGGUUUCCCAGAAUCACGUCUUUAAAAAAAUAAAAGAUCGUAAAUCGAUGAUCUCCCCUUUUACUAAUCAAAGAUCGACAUCUGUGCUGCCGGUUUAGCAUGUUUUCGAUUUGAAUGAGCAGAUGGAGUGUCGGGAUCAUCGUCACGACUCAGCUUCUUCAUUUGACAUUUAACCGUUUGAU